CCUCCACCACACCCACCCCAAGCUCCCCUCCCCACCAGCUUCAAAACAAAGCUGAGUCCCGUUGCAUCCCCACCCCCAACGGCUACCUCCCCCCAUUUCAAACCCGUCUCGCGCACGCCAUCCAUCCGCCCACCAAUCACGCGGAUUUGCUCCCGCCGUCGUCUCCUCCAACGCCAGAUCCGUCGACCCAUCCCGCCCCCCGGAACCCUAGAUCGGACCGAGCCCCGGCCAGGGAUGGCGCCGCUGCCCACGCCCUCCCCCCGCACGGGCCCGCCGUCGACGCCGCAGGCGUCGGCGGGGGCCGCGACCCCGUUCCGGACGCCCACCUCCAAGCACCGCCUCCACUUCCCGCCCGGCACCCCGCGCCACGGCGCGACCGGCGCCGCCACGGAGCACCCCGUCGAGGUCAUCGGCCGCGUGCGCAACCUCACCGCCUCCGCCGCGGGCGCCUCGGUGCUGGAGGUCCCGGGCGGCGCGGGCGGGGGCGGCACCACCGUCCGGGUCCGCGGGGACGCGGGCGGCAUCUCGUGCCGCGACUUCAGCCUCGACGGCGUGUCCGUCUCCGAAGAGGAGGACCUCGAGGGGUUCUACCGCCGCUUCGUCAGGUCCCGGAUCCAGGGCGUGCGGGUCGGGGCCAAGUGCACCGUCAUGGUGUACGGGCCCACGGGCUCCGGGAAGAGCCACACCAUGUUCGGCUGCGCCAAGCAGCCCGGGAUCGUGUACCGGGCGCUCCGGGACAUCCUCGACGGGGGAGGGGGCUGUAGUACUGGUGGUGAAAGCGGCGAGGAGGAGGACGCCGGGUUCGGGGUCGGGCUGUUCGUGCAGGUCGCCGUGCUCGAGAUUUACAAUGAGGAGAUCUACGAUUUGCUCGUCGGCAGCGGUGCCAAUACUAAAGGGAACGCCCCCAAGGUGAGGCUAGAAGUAAUGGGGAAGAAAGCCAAAAAUGCAACUUAUAUAUCUGGAAAUGAAGCUGGAAAGAUAUCCAGGGAAGUUGCAAAAGUAGAGAAGCGGCGUACUGUCAAGAGCACACUCUGUAAUGAGAGAAGUUCGCGAAGUCACUGCAUGAUUAUCUUGGAUGUGCCAUCGGUCGGAGGAAGGCUGAUGCUGGUGGAUAUGGCUGGUUCUGAAAACAUAGAAGCUGCAGGCCAAACUGGAUUUGAUGCCAAGAUGCAGACGGCGAAGAUCAACCAAGGCAACACAGCUUUGAAACGAGUGGUUGAGUCCAUAGCCAAUGGUGAUUCACAUGUUCCAUUUCGAGACAGCAAGCUCACAAUGCUGUUACAGGACUCAUUUGAGGAUGACAAAUCAAAGAUUCUGAUGAUUCUGUGUGCGAGUCCUGACCCAAAGGAAUUGCACAAGACAGUUUCUACCUUGGAAUACGGUGCUAAAGCAAAAUGCAUUAUCCGUGCUGCUCAUGCAUCAACACCAAGGGAUAAAAUUAGCUCUGAGGAGUCAUCUUCAAUGCUCAAUUCAAGGAUUGUUGCAAUGAACCAGUUCAUAUACAAGCUCCAGAAGGAGAACAAGCAAAGAGAGAAAGAGCGCAAUGAGGCCCAGAAUGUCCUUCGGCUAAAGGAGGAGGAGCUAGCACAAGUGAGGGCGAAGGUUAGGCUGCUAGAAGGGCAGGGUGCAGCUGCAAAGGAGGAAGAGAUCAACUCAAAGGUCGCUGAGAAGACCAAGAUGCUGAAGAGUGAGCUCCAGAUGAUGGAAGAGAAAAUGCUUAGGCAGCAGCAAGAGCUCCUUGCUUUGAAGCGACGACUGCAGGAGGUGGAGCUUGAAAAGGCAGAUGCUCGUCAGCCUGCGCAGCAGGAUGUCAUUGGUGGUAGAUUGUUGGCACGACUAUCAGAGAUGUCUGCAGGAGGAGAUCAAUGCAUGUCAAUGGCGAUGUCGAUGUCCAUGGAUUUGGAUGCUGGAGAUCAGCCGUCUGUGCUGGAUGUGAAGGUCAUCAAGGAGGAUACUCGCCAGCAGCAGGGCCAGAUGUGGAAUCACACAUCGACAGCAGGCUCUUGCACCACUGUCCUGGAGCAAGAAGAUGUGGUCAGGCUUUCUGGGUUCCCUGAAAAGGCGGUCCUGAGCACUGUAUUUGAGGAGGGAGAUGAAGAAAGCGAAGAGAAGGACAAUGGUGCUGAGGUGGAGGUGUGCAAAGAAGUGGUGGAAGAGGAGAGUUACAAGGUGGACCGAAUGGGACAACCGCUUGCUGAACCGGACCGGACCAACCGUAUCCAGAACAUCUUCAGGCUGUGUGGCAACUACCGUGAGCUGGUCAAGAAACAAAACGCCCAAGAGUCACCGGCGGCGAAGCAGCAAGCUUUUGGAGAUGAGAACAAGCAGCCCGGAGAGCAGCAGUUGCCGGGAGAUGAGAACAUUCAGCAGGCAAAUCAGGUGUUCGGUGAUGAGAACAAGGACCCAUCAGCAGCAUGGGCAGCCAUAGAAACCCCCAUGUGCGACGUCAAGGUUGCCGACAGCCCUGUGUCGUCGCAGCUCUCGCCCAUCGUUUGCCAAGCCGUGGACGACGCCGAGCUGACAAUGCCGGAAGAGCUAAAAUCAUGCACCACAGAUGGCGAAGCAAAUGAGCUGAGCAAGGAGCGAGAGGGCUUGCUGGAUGUCUACAUCAAAUGGGAGUCCGGCAGUCUGAUCAAGGGGCUGAAGCUUCUGCCGACCGCUUGUCUUUCAGACCUGAGGAAGCUCAUCGAGGCUCACUUUGAAGAAGCCGGCAGCAAGCAGCAGCACCACCAGUUCACAUUCCUCCUCCUUGGGGACCCUUCUGGUGCUCCGGUGUCGAGGGAGAAGGAGGCGACGGUGCAGAUCAGCAGGCUGCCCAACUGGAACAACCAGACCAACAGCUACCUGGCCUGCCUGCGCGUCGCCAAGAAGCCGGCGGCGAUGGAGCAGCAGCAGCUCCACCAGACGCCCUUCAGCCCGCUGGAGAGCAAGCUCAACUCCUUGGCCCUGCACGAGGUGCAGCAGCACCACCAUGCCGCCGCGGGCGCUCUCUCGCCCAAGGUCGCCGCGCAGAUGAGCCCCAGCUACAUCCGGGAGCUCAGAGCUUGACCGAGCUUGAUUGUUACUGCUGCAUUCAUUUUCUGUCGGUUGGUUGGUUGCCGUGGGUCACAUGUCGUGACGAACUGACGACGAUGUAUCUCGUAUCUAAAAUGUAUUCUUUGGUCUGUGUAAAAUACUUACCACUCGUGAUGUAACCAUGUUACAGACAUCCCAAACAGUAUGAUUAUGAUAGAUCGUCUAGUGGAGGGGAAUGCACUUGAUCGAUCGGUUCGUUGCUUCU